AUGUAUCUUUCAAAAGAAGCCAGUGGCGCCAAAUUCUUUCAACUUUUUGGUACCUCUUCGAAUGAAGAAUGUUCGCUGCAAAGUGACAGCUCAUCCCAACACAUCAGUUCGUCACUAGGAAGGUCACUGGGAGCAAGCUCAUUGGCUGAAGCUCGGACAUAUUUGAAUAAGCCCCUAUUCACAAGUCAGUUUAGCAUGGGAGCAACUCGCACAUCGAUAGCUCGUCAAGAAAAGCUUAUAGUUUUUGCAGCUCGAAACAACCUCAAAAAGCUUUGGUUAAUAAAUUCAGGCGAAGAACAGAAGAACAUCCCGACAGCUACUUAUCAAAGUAGUCUUUCUUACCAUGGUUCAGCUGUAAAUAUACUUCGCUUCUCUCCUUCUGGACAACUAUUGGCCUCUGGUGCUGAUGGAGGUGAGCUGAUCAUUUGGAAGUUACAUGUAGUGGAAACUGGUCAAGCAUGGAAAGUCCUCAGGACUUUAUCAUUUCAUCGCAAAGAUGUUCUGGACCUUCAGUGGUCUAAGGAUGGUGCUUUUCUUAUCUCAGGAUCUGUUGAUAAUUCUUGCAUUAUAUGGGACCCUAGCAAAGGUUCUGUCCUUCAGAUAUUGGAUGCACAUUUCCAUUAUGUUCAGGGUGUGGCCUGGGAUCCAUUGUCCAUAUAUGUUGCCUCUCUUAGCUCAGAUAGAACUUGUCGAAUUUAUGCCAAUAAGCCUCAGAAGUCUAAAGGUGUUGAGAAGAUGAAUUAUGUUUGUCAGCAUGUCAUUACCAAGGGAGGAAAGCAGUCAGUUGAUUGUAAGGCAAAAAGCCAUCUCUUUCAUGAUGAAACAUUGCCAUCAUUUUUCCGAAGAUUAGCCUGGUCACCUGAUGGAUCAUUUUUACUUGUGCCUGCAGGUUCUUACAAAUUUUCGCCUACAUCUCAAACAGUGAAUACAGCAUAUGUAUUUUCCAGAAAGGAUCUUUCAAGGCCUGCUCUACAGCUACCAGGUGCUAGCAAACCUGUUGUAGCAGUUCGUUUCUGUCCACUGGCUUUUAGCCUUAGAGGUUCAAACUCAGGCGGAUUCUUUAAGCUCCCUUACCGCCUUGUCUUUGCCAUAGCAACUUUAAAUUCUUUGUACAUAUAUGACACCGAGAGUGUUGCCCCCACAGCAAUCUUGGCUGGUCUUCACUAUGCUGCCAUAACUGACAUUUCAUGGUCUCCUAAUGCUCGAUAUUUAGCUUUGUCCUCUCAAGAUGGUUACUGUACUCUAGUAGAAUUCGAAAAUGACGAACUGGGAUCGCCCAUCUCCUUAUCAGGAAAUAAGGUCACAGGUAAUGAGAACAACAUCCCUGAUGUUCAGAAAUCCAAGGACAUGAUGAUCGACCUAACUAGAAAGGAUGAUCUAGUUGUAGUAGAUAGCAGAGGAAUGGAAGCAGAUGGAAAUGAAGCAGGUAGCAGGAUGACAGAAAUAGAACAGAAACAAGAGGAACCAAGUACAGUUGAUGGUAGCGUUCGAAACCAAAUGCACAGAAAGAAAACAGGAACAGAAACAAACGAAGGGAAAAAAACCACCACGAAGAACAACAGUUUCACCUCAGCCGAUAGCACACCAAUGGAAGCAGAGAGAAAUGAAGUCAAAAACAAAAAGACAGAAACAGAAAGCGAAAAAGGGAAACAACAGGCAACUCCUGUUCAAAAUAGGCCUGCAGCAAAGAGGCGCAUCACUCCAAUGGCGAUUGAUCCAUGACAAUCGCGGUGCUAACCUCUGUAAAGUUUUGGUUUAGUCAACAAGUUGAUUUUUCAAUUCUUUUUCCUUCUAAUACAGAAGCAGAAUGUAUGAUAUAGGGAUUUAGCCAAUCUUCACUUGAUAUUGUUGGAAACAUUGUCCUUACAGAUGAGGAAAUGAAUUUAUUUAUUAGGUGACAAAAAAGUGAGAAAUUACGUAA